AUGAAUGAAAAAAUCGAUACAUCUAUUCGUCGUGCAGCUGAACAUUUAUAUACAUACAUGUCCAUGACAAAUAAUAUCACAUAUGAAUUAAAUGAUCAACUCGGUAUAUUUAAAGCAUGGUGUUUACUUGAACAUGAAUUAGUACAAAUAAAAAUAAAAGUUUCAAGAAUUUUCCAUGUUAAUUGUUGUACAUUAAUUGAAUUAAAUUCUAAUCAAACACAACCAUCUGCUAAUUAUAAACGUAUUAUACAUAAUUGUUCACAAGCUUAUUAUUUAUAUGAAUAUCAUUUAGCUGAAAAUAUAUUUCAUGAUUAUUAUACAGAUAUAAUGACUGAUUGA